GGUCCACAUCCCACCUCAGCAUGUCUCGACGAAGCCAGCGCCUCACACGUUACUCCCAGGUUGAUGACGAUGGCGGGAGCAGCAGCAGCGGAGGGAGCUCGGUGGCCGGGAGCCAGAGCACCCUGUUUAAGGACAGUCCCCUGAGGACCCUGAAGAGAAAAUCCAGCAACAUGAAGCACUUGUCCCCAGUGCCGCAGCUGGGCCCCUCCUCUGACCCGCACACCUCCUACUACAGCGAGUCCAUGGUGCGGGAGUCCUACAUAGGCAGCCCUCAGGCCGUAUCCCUGGCCAGGAGUGCCCUCCUGGACGACCGCCUGCACAGUGAGCCCUACUGGACAGGCGAGGACCUGCACGUGCGGAGGAGAAGGGGCACGGGUGGCACCGAGAGCAGCAAGGCCAAUGGACUGGCAGAGAGCAAAGCCACUGAGGACUUUCUGGGCUCCUCCUCUGGCUACUCUUCCGAGGACGACUUUGCAGGUUAUGCUGACAUCGAACAGCAUAGUUCGGGGUCACGGUUAGGCAGCGUGGUCUCUCGGGCAGGCUCCUUUGUCUGGACAGUGGUCACUUUUCCAGGCCGGCUCUUCGGGCUUCUCUAUUGGUGGCUUGGCACCAGCUGGUACCGCCUGACCACGGCAGCCUCGCUCCUGGAUGUCUUUGUUUUAACCAGGCGCUUCUCGUCCCUCAAGACCUUCUUCUGGUUCCUCCUGCUGCUGCUGCUCCUGACAGGCCUGACCUACGGUGCCUGGUACUUCUACCCCUUUGGGCUGCAGACAUUGCACCCUGCUGUGGUCUCCUGGUGGGCGGCGAAGGACAGCAGGAAGCAGCCCGAGGUGUGGAGCUCCGGAGACUCGGCCCUGCAUUUGCAGGCCGAGCAGCGUGUCCUGUCUCAAGUGCACAUCCUGGAGCGGCGCCUGGAGGCUCUGGCUACUGAGUUUUCUUCCAAAUGGCAGAGGGAAUCCAUUCGGCUAGAUCGUCUGGAGCUGCAGCAGGGGACUGCUGGCCAGGGGGGUGGUAGUGGCCUCAGCUAUGAGGAUACCCUGGCGCUCCUGGAGGGGCUGGUGAGCCGCCGGGAGGCCGCCCUGAAGGAGGACUUCCGCAGGGACACAGCCGCUCGCAUCCAGGAAGAACUGGCCACCGUGAGGGCGGAACAUCACCAGGACUCGGAGGACCUCUUCAAGAAGAUCGUCCAGGCCUCCCAGGAGUCCGAGGCUCACAUCCAGCAAUUCAAGUCAGAGUGGCAGAGGACGAUGCAGGAGGCCAUCCGAGAGAACUCUGCGCAGGAGCUGGGGCGGUUGGAGACCCAGCUGGCUGGCCUGCAGCAGGACCUGGCAGCUCUGACCCUGAAGCAGAGCACAGUGGAGGACGAAGUGGGGCUGCUGCCCCAGAAGAUCCAGGCCGUGCGGGAGGAAGUGGAAUCUCAGUUCCCUGCCUGGGUCGGUCACUUCCUUCUCCAAGGUGGGGGCACCCGAGCUGGGCUCCUCCAGCGAGAAGAGGUGCAAGCCCAGCUGCAGGAACUGGAGAGCAAGAUCCUUGCCCACGUGACCAAGAUGCAGGGCAGGUCAGCUCAGGAAGCUGCAGCCUUGCUGGGACAGACGCUGCAGAAGGAAGGCGUGGUCGGGGUGACGGAGGAGCAGGUGCACCGGAUUGUAAAGCAGGCCCUCCAGCGCUACAGCGAGGACCGCAUCGGGAUGGUAGACUAUGCCCUGGAAUCAGGAGGGGCCAGUGUGAUCAGUACCCGAUGUUCAGAGACCUACGAGACCAAAACUGCCCUCCUCAGCCUCUUUGGCAUCCCGCUGUGGUACCACUCCCAGUCACCCCGGGUCAUUCUCCAGCCAGAUGUGCACCCGGGCAACUGCUGGGCCUUCCAGGGGCCCCAGGGGUUCGCUGUGGUCCGACUGUCAGCCCGCAUCCGGCCCACAGCUGUCACCUUAGAACACGUCCCCAAAGCCCUGUCACCCAACAGCACCAUCUCCAGUGCCCCCAAGGACUUUUCCAUCUUUGGCUUUGAUGAAGACCUGCAGCAGGAGGGCUCACUCCUUGGCACAUUCACCUAUGACCAGGACGGGGAGCCCAUUCAGACCUUCUACUUCCAGACCCCUAAAAUGGCCACGUACCAGGUGGUGGAGCUGCGGAUCCUGACCAACUGGGGCCACCCUGAGUACACCUGCAUCUACCGCUUCAGGGUACAUGGGGAGCCGGCCCCCCAUCCCUGAGUCUCUGCACCUGCUGUCAGCCAGGGCCACACCCCACCACGCAGACACCCUGCUCCGGUGUGGGUGUGCAGCACCCCGCCACUGUCCCCACACGCUUCAUCAGCGCUCUGACUUCUGGGAGCAAGAAAGAAGAACCCUGCUUCCAGGGAGAAGAGGAAGAAAGCACUGGGGUCCCCUUCAUCCCUCAUCCUCUGAGCUGGGCCACCGAGUGUAUAUAUGUAGCAUACUGUGGGGAGCCGGGCAGGAGGAGGUGAGGGCCCUGGCCUGGUCCAGGUGGAAUUGUGUGGAUAGAGCAGGUGCCAAGCUCAGGUGAGCAGAGCUAGGGCCUAGGAGGUGCCCGGUGCCCAGCUCAGUCAGGGAAGCACUGUCUUGGAGGAGCCCACUCAGCACCUGCAGGAUGAGACUGUCCCGGGCAUGAGGCUGCCUGCAAGGCUGAUGCCAGUGACCUGGGGAAGCUGGGCCCUCAGGCCCCCCAAGGGUCUCUAGAAACUGUAUUUGUCCAGGGUAUCAGAGGGCUGCUGCUUGUGCCAGCCUGCUAGACUCCCUGUGCUGGGAUGGCCUUUUGCUUUUUCUCUUUCGAUGCCAGGGCAAGGGCUUCCCUGUAACCUGUUCCUGCAGUGGGGCCGCCUGUGCCCCGGUGCAAGCUUCACACAUUCCUGGGGCUGCAGAGUGCCUAGGCCUGUCUAGGGGCCAUUAGCUAGAAUGGGGGGAGCAGGGGUCUUCCUGGGCUCUCCUGGAUGAUGACGGUGCCAUUCAGGGUGUCUGGUGGAGGGAGGGUGUCUGUUGGCCCACUGCCUCCUAAGUGGGCCUAGGGAGGCCUCUUUCUCAGGCCCCCUUGGGCUCUUGGCCCCCUCAGACUGUUUCCUUUCUGGCUUCUCUGCAGGGGCAGUGGGGUGGGGGCUGGGAGGGAGGUGGAUGAAAAGGGGCUUUUAGACCCACAGGCCUUGCUGUAUUAUGUAUAUAUUUUUCCAGGUGUGUUUUUUAACUGAAAAGCUAAGGGCUUGAUUCUUAGCCCCGUUCUGUGGGGCACUGGGUGGUUCUCAGUUCCUUGGUCCCAGCCUGUGGGGAGCGGGCACUAGGGACUGGGCAGGCGGGUGCCCUGCACCUUACUGGGCCCCCACUUAGCCCUGCCCCUGCCCUUGCCCUGAGACAACCAGGUCUUAUUCUGCGCUGUCCUGUCACAAAUGCUGCACUGUUGGUUCUUAAUUUUUUUUUUAAUCUCCAGAUUCUAAUUUAUGCCUAUGCAAAAAAUAAAGGAUGCCCAGGA